AUGUCGCUUCCGAUUGUCACGUCUGCUCCGGGGAAAGUCAUUAUCUUUGGCGAGCACUCAGCGGUGUUCAAAGAGCCCGUAAUCGCCGCGAGCGUGUCGUCAUUGAGAUCGUAUCUGCUUGUUACCGCUACUGACGAUGAAAACGUGAUAGAGCUGGAUUUCCCAGAUAUCAAGCUCGAUAAUAAGUGGAAAAGGCAGGACAUAGCCGUGCUGAAGGAGUGCGCCGUUUCAGCUGCGUCUUCGAGCCACAAUGAGUUGUCACAAGAGCUUGGAGUGGCCCUGGAACCGCUGCUGGCAAACUUAAACGACCCAUUGCAUUACCACGCUGCGUACUGCUUUCUGUACCUAUACACAUGUCUCUGUGGGGCCAAGACGGGACUGAAAUUUACAGUGAAAUCGACAUUGCCCAUCGGUGCGGGAUUGGGAUCCAGUGCGUCGAUUUCGGUGUGUCUCGCGCUCGCGAUGGGUAUCCUUGGCGGUCACAUCAGCGACUCGGGUGACAAACUGAGCAACAGUGAUCUGAGUUUCGUUAAUACGUGGUCUUUUAUUGGCGAAAAAUGUAUCAAUGGCACGCCCUCGGGCAUUGACAAUGCGGUUGCGACCUACGGAAACGCCGUCUCUUUCCAGCGUCAGGACGACAACACUAUCAAAUUCGAGCGUAUAUUGGAUUUCCCGCAGAUUCCUUUAAUUUUGACCAACACCAAGAUCCCCAGGUCGACCAAGACACUGGUAGGAAAUGUUGUGAAAUUAGCCGAACGCGAGCCCCUCAUAACCAAGCCAAUUUUGUCUGCGAUGGGCCACAUCGCAACAAGAGGUGCCGAAAUACUCUCUAGUUUGUCAGAUGAGAACUACCCAGUUUUACUCGAAUUGGUGCGCCUCAACCAUGGGCUCUUAGUGAGCCUUGGCGUGUCUCACCCGGGGCUCGAAGUGAUCAGAAGUCUUAGCGACACGAUGAAAAUUGGCUCGACUAAACUUACCGGCGCUGGAGGAGGUGGAUGUGCUUUAACUUUGAUAGACAAGAAUGCCAGCGACAGUGAGAUUGACGAGUUCAAAAGCCAAUUACAGAAAGACCACGGGUACGUGAGCUUGAGCACGGGCUUGGGAGGAAUGGGGUGCAGUUACGUUUCUUCCGAAAAGCUUAAGGGUCACGUCGCGUCGCUUGCCACUGUUUUCGCCAGAGACACCACAGUGGAAGAAAUUGACAGCGUGCUGUUGCCCAACGGGGGUCCUCUCUCGUGGGUCCAUUAG